AUGCCGUUUUUGCGACGGCUAACCAAGAUGUACUCAGGGCCGACUGUAUUGGCUCGCCAUGCAACCAGCAAUGAGCCGUACGGUCCCUCACCGCAAGACUUGCAUGAACUUGCUGCGGUCUCGCGCAAGCCUAAAUUGAUGGAAGAAGUAGAGGAUGUUCUGAUUAGUCGCCUUCAGGGAAGUCCAAAGAACUGGCGACAGAAAUCAAAGGCUCUGACCGUCGUUCAGUACCUCUUGCUCCAUGGCCAUGACGAUUGCCUCAUCUGGCUUCAAAAAUACACAAAGCUGAUCGAAACUCUAACUGUGUUUCAGUACUCAGACUCCAAAAAUGUAGAUCAAGGCAAAUCGGUUCGUGAAAAGGCAACCGCUAUCCUCAAACUACUCAAUGACCCGGACCUCAUCGCAUAUGAAAGAGCACUGUAUCUCAAGAACCGCCAAGAGGUACGCACGUCGACUGGCAGAGCGACAAUGUCUCGGCAUACUCUUGAGUUGAAUCGCGGACUUGAAGAUUUCGAUGAACAGGAGGAAGAACAGGUCCAGCCCUCCUUCGACCGCAGUCGCUACAGUCUCAAUUUAGGCCUUCAGUCAAUCGCUGAAGAGGGCUGA